AUGUCAUGGGACUCAAUAGAGUCGCGCGACUUCCUCGGCGGGGUACCGGCGCAUCAGUUGUCAGCAACACGACUUCUCAGUUCGCCUGACCCAUCGAGACACCAUCUCGAUGAGCCACAAGAAGUAUACCCGUUCUCCGAGGAGUUCCGCGGCGGGGACGGCCGCAACGGGGCGCUGCGGUGGGGCGCCCGCUUCGGGCCCGACCACCGCCCGCCCGCUGCAGGCCUCCUCGACUGCUUCCGCGCCUGCCGCUCUAGGCUCGACCAGUACCUCGCCAGAAGAAAGAUCGAGCGAGGAGUCCGCCUCUACGGCCAGAACGAGCAACGGUUAGCAGUCAAGAUUUGGCUGUCGGCGUUACGUGGGGUGAGGCACAGAAGUGACAAGUUUGCUCUCUUGGGGCAUCUUUACCAGGCGCACAUGGACUUCGGGAAGUAUAGGGAAUCUUUGGAGUUUGCAAACAGUCAGCUGAGUAUAUCUGAAGAGUUGGAUUCCGCGCCAAUGAGAGCUGAAGCUUACCUCAACUUGGCCAGAGCUCAUCAGACCCUGGGAGGACUGGAAAGGGCCCUCUCGUACGCUCGCCAAGCUCUCUACAAUGACUGCGGUGGAGGUUCGACCGCUGGUUGCGUGCAUUUGACUGUGGCACAUGUCAGCUUAGAGAUGGGAGCCUUCUCUAAAGCAAUGGACGGGUUCCAGAAGGCUCUCGCCGUAGCACAAGCACAGAAUGAUAAUACACUGCUUUUGCAGGUGUACGUGGGGCUGUCGGAGCUGUGGCGGCGGCUGCGCGACACGGAGCGCGCGGUGGCGUGCGCGGCGCGCGCGUGCGACCUGGGCCGCGGCCCGCGCUCCGCCGACCUCAACACGCGCCACCACCGCUCCGCGCUGCUGCAGAUGGCCGCCGCCCUGCGCGCGCGCGGCGAGCUGGGCGACGCGCACGACUACUGUAACGAAGCAUUACGCCUAGCCUCUGUGGCAGAAGAUCAAGGUUGCUACGCUCGCGCCGUGCGCAUCGCGGGCGAUGUCUACAGGCGGAAAUGCGACGUGGGGAAGGCGCUCAGACACUACGAAGUUGCAAUGGGUGCUGGCCAAGCUCUUGGUGACCGUCUAGCUCAGAUGGAAGCUAUGGAUGGAGCGGCGCGGUGUUUGGAAGCGUUACGCUUACAAGGCAGGAUUUGCAACUGUAGACCGCUGGAAUUUAACACCAGAUUGCUGGAAGUAGCUAAUACUGUUGGUGCUAAGAUGUUAGUCCGACGCGUCUACCUCCGCCUCGCCGAUAUCUACACAGGUCUCGGUGAUAACGAAGCAGCUGCCAGACAGAAAAGAGCCGCAGCGGCCUUGGCAACUCCGGCCUGUGCCAGAUGUAGGGAGCCUUUGGCCGAUAGACCGGAGCCACUGGCGUCUCUUCCCUGUGCUCACAUAGUACACCAUGCGUGCAUGCCGGAGCCGUGCUCGCGGCGCUCGACGCGCAGCGCGGGCGGCGCGGAGUGCGCCGAGUGCGCGUCGCCGCGGGCGCCCCGCGCGCCUCCCCCCGCCCCGCCCGCACCCCGCACCCUGCCCUCGCGGGACUUUCCGUUCGGGACUCCACCGACGCUUCGUGAAUCUGAUCUGAACUCCAUCAUAUCAGAUCACAGCAGUCAACAAGCAACAUCCAGUGUAUAA